AAAAAGCACCCAAGGUUCUUUCAACCCUCCCUAUCUUCCUGCGCUUCUUUCUUCGCCUCUCCUGACCGAAACCCAAAACCCAAUGUGAAGAAGAGAGAUUAGAUGGCGACGUUGCAGAAAUUUAAGCUUCUCGCGACACAAUGCGCCACGGCGGCGAGGAGCCCAUCUCGGAGUCCCGCCCCCGCUGCGGCGGCCGCGGCCGCCAGCCCGGCCUUCCGCCUCCGUCGGCGGAAGACUUUGAGGAGGCUCCUCGGCCGGUCGUCGAGCCGGCAGCUGCUCGGCCUGGCUAAGCCAGACUCCGCCGGGGAGGCGGCGGAUCCGGGGGAGAAGAAGGGGCUUCUAAGCCGCACGCUCAGGGAUCUGUUCGUGUCCUCACCUCCGGCGGUAGGAGGGGAAGCAGGGGGUGAAAACGGCCGUGGUGGCGGCGGGGAUGAGGGUGGUCGUAGUGGCGUCGGGAGGAGGUUCGGGUUCGGGGGAUUGGGUGUCGGGAGGUUCGCCGGCCGGCGCGGCAGCGGCGGCGGCGGCGGCGGCCUGAGGUUCGGAUCCGGGAGCCUUCGGUAUCGCUUGCUGCGGCGGGCUUGGCGGCCCAUACUCGUCACCAUCCCUGAGUGAUUCUAAAUCAGAAGAAUAGUUUGAAAAAAAAAAAAAUGUGUAAAAACCGAGUGGUGGGACUUGGAGAUCGUCGGAUGUAUUUUUCGCUAUUUUUUCUUCUAGAUUUUUUUUUUUGUUUUUGGCUGCUGUUGUUGUAUGUGUUUCUUCGUAAAAGAUUCUGGUUUUUUCUUUCAGAGAUCUGGCACAAAAUGAAUGAUGGAAGCUGAUUCUUAGCUACUGAUGAGUUCACUCCUUGAUGACAGCGACCGAUACAUACAUGCUCCCUGUGUAAAAAUGUAACCAACGAACCAUGAGAAAUUUUACUGUUUCUCUUAACCCUAUGUUUAAGUGAAAAAUUAAAAUGUGGGGAUGGUGAAGCUACAUAAGUUGGUUUUCAUCUCAGUUUUAGUUGGUGGCUGUCAUGAAUUAUUUGUUAGGUCCAUGACUGGCUUUGGGUUAGAAUCUGUUUUAUUCCUGUGAUCAAGAGGUGUAUUUGAUUCACCAGCCCGCAAAAUAAAAUUGACACGGAUAAUGUCCCACAUGAUUAUGUGCAUAA